AUGAUUUUCACCUCUCAGCAACCAAGCAUUUCCAUUCCCGAAGAUGUUACAAUUUGGGAAUGGCUAUUUACCUCGUCAACUUCACCCUUGAGCCAGCAUAAGACCUCCGAUCUUGGAGGCUUCACAAACGCCGCUACAAAGGAACGGAUCGGUUACGAUCUGGCUAAGGAGUAUGCGACAAAGAUAUCAACGGCCCUGGUUCAUAAGUUUGGACUUUCGAAAGGGGAUGUGGUGGCACUUUUUAGUCCAAACACCGUUUGGUAUCCUAUCGCCAUGUUUGCCACGAAUCGCGUGGGUGGCAUGAUAUCGGGUGCUUCGCCUGCCUACAACGUUGAGGAAAUGACGUUUGCGUUACGUACAGCACAAGCAAAGGUUCUUAUGACCGCGGUAUCCUCUCUUCCCGUUGCUAUCCCGGCUGCAAAGAAUGCAGGAAUCUCACAGGACCGGAUUAUACUUCUUGAAGGAAGGAAAGAAGGCUUUACUUCAAUCCAAGAUCUUGUAGUCUUUGGAGCAGGGUUUGGGCCUAAUGGCCAGGUUCAGCCUUUCAAGAUCCCAGCUGGGCAGACUAACAAGGAUAUUUGCGGCUUUCUGAGCUUUAGCAGCGGAACCACCGGUCUUCCUAAAGCUGUCAUGAUUUCUCAUCACAACGUGAUUGCGCAAAGUAUGCAGGUCGAGCAGAUCACGUCGAAAGGAAAUAAGAAGGUAUUGGCAGUGCUACCGUUAUUUCACAUCACCGGCCUAGUCCACCAAAUGCAUCUCCCCGUCUUCCGAAACUCAGAGGUCUAUAUGCUUCCAGCGUUUACCAUGAAAGCCAUGCUAGAUACGGUCGUUCAGUAUCAGAUUACAGAGCUCUUGCUCGUUCCACCUAUUUUAAUCCGGCUUCUGCGGGAUCCCAUUGUUAAAGAUUACAACCUCUCUCACGUCCGCAAGUUCUCUUCUGGUGCAGCCCCACUCUCCUCGGAGAUCAUUCAAGAACUCAAACGCCAGUUUCCAAAUACGGGGUUCAAGCAAGGAUAUGGAAUGACCGAGUCAUGUAGCUGCAUCACGGCCCAUCCGUUGGAAAAGUCUACCUAUGAAUAUGCCCACUGCGGCGGCACCAUUGUCGCAAAUACCGAAGUCAAAAUCAGCAACCCCGAAACGGGCAUCGCGCUCGGAUAUAAUGAGCCUGGUGAGAUUUUAGCCAGAGGGCCGCAAAUUGUGAUGGGGUACUUGAACAAUGAGAAGGCCACGGAGGAAACCUUCGACGCUGAUGGGUGGCUUCACACUGGUGAUGUGGGUUUCAUUGACGAAGAAGGGUUCAUCACGAUCACAGACCGUAUUAAGGAAAUGAUCAAGGUAAAGGGUAUUGCAGUUGCCCCAGCCGAGCUUGAGGACCUCUUACUUGGGCAUCCAAUGGUGGAGGAUGUGGCCGUCGGCCCUAUUCCUGAUGACUACACCGGCCAACGCCCGAAGGCGUAUGUCGUGCUGAAGUCUGGCAUUCGUCAUGGUAAAGAUCGGUGGGCUAUCUUGAAGUCACUCAAUGAGCUUAUCGACUAUGUCUGUGGUAAAAAGGUUCGCCAUAAGUGGAUUACUGAGAUUGAGAUGCUCGAGGAAAUUCCGAAAAGCGCAAGUGGGAAGAUCCUUCGUCGGAUGCUCCGGAAAUUAGAGCAGGAGGAUAGCAGCAAAGAGCGAUACAUCGUUACUCGGGGUGAGACGAAAUCCAAGCUAUGA